AUGUCGUUCAUGUCGAAGCUCGCCGACAAGCUCGGUGACGUGAUGAAGGAGAAGCUCACUACCAAGGACGACAAAGGACAUAACGAGCACAGCAAACCACACGGAAGCUCCCACGACCAGCACUACGGCGACAGCUCAUACGCCUCCCACCAGAGCUACGAACAACCUCACUACGAACAGCAGUCCCACUACGAGCAACAAUCCCACUACGGCGCACCGCCACCAUCCGACAACCUCCCACCCGGCUGGAUCAAACAAUGGGACCCCGCCAGCCAGCGCUACUACUACGUCGAGCAAGCGACCGGCCGCACGCAAUGGGAGCCUCCGUACGGUGCGUCUUCAGGUCAUAGGUACGGUCACGAUGAGCAUGGCCAGCAGCAUGGCAUGUUCGAGGGCGGCCACGGGUACGGCGAACACGAGAGGGGCCAUGGAGGUGGCGAAUACGAUCCCCAUGGCGGACAUGGCUACGGCACCUACCCUCCGGGCCAGCACGUGCAGAAGGACAGCCACGGCAACGUGAUCGCUGCGGGGGUUGGUGGAGCGGCGGUGGGAGCUAUCGGUGGUGCUAUGUUGGCGCAUGAGAUGGGCGAAGAAAGCUCCGACGAAGAAGGCCACGCCACCACCACCGCGGCUCCCGAAGCACACCCAGCCCCACCCCCGGAAGUCCCAGAAGACGUCUCCAGCAGCGACGAGGAAGAAGUCGAAGAGGCGCAGGAGGAUGUCGACGAAGCGCAGGAGGAGGUAGCGGAAGCGAGCAGCGAGAGCGAUCGGGAAUCGGCGCAGGAGGAGUUGGAGGAGGCGCAGGAGGAGCUAGAUGAGGCCGAGGAAGAGGCGUAUGACGACUGA